CAGGCUGCUGCUGCUGCUGCUGCAGCUGGAGUUCGAGCUGUCACACAAACCGAACUAACAACAACACAGCGGCGGAGGGACACUUCUUGUCCUGGGAUUGUCUGCGGCAUGAUGGAGCUGCUAUGGGGUGGGUCGUACACCCUGUGACAUGGAGGCCAAAGCAGGAUCCUCCCACCUUGCACCUCUUCUCUGACAUCACAGUCGACCGCCGUCAUGGCCUCCAGCUACCCUCCUCCCUUUGAGGGACCAGGUGAGGUGAAGGAGGGCUUUCUCUGCCCUCUGUGCCUGAAAGACCUUCAGUCGUUCUACCAACUCCAAGACCACUACGAAGAGGAGCACUCCGGGGAUGACCGCCAUGGGAUGGGGCAGCUCAAAAAUUUGGUUCAAAAGGCCAUGAAAGCCAAAGACAAGCUCCUAAAGAGGGAUGGUGAUGACAGACCAGAUACGGGCAGUUAUGAGUCCUUCUACUACGGUGGAGUGGACCCUUACAUGUGGGAGCCUCAGGAACUGGGAGCAGCUAGAAGUCAUCUGGAUUUAUUCAAAAAACACCGGGCAGCCAGGAUAGACCAUUAUGUGAUUGAGGUCAACAAGCUCAUCAUCAGACUGGAGAAGUUGACAUCGUUUGACAGGAUCAACUCAGAUGCUGCCAAAAUCCGAGCCAUUGAGAAGUCAGUCGUUUCAUGGGUGAGCGACUCGGACGUCCCGUUUUGUCCCGACUGCGGACACAAGUUCAACAUUCGGAACAGGCGGCACCACUGUCGUCUCUGUGGGUCCAUCAUGUGUAGGAAGUGCAUGGAGUUUGUCCCAUUACCUUUAGCCCAAAAGCUGAUAAGUGGGACGCGAGAAGCCCUGUGUGUGCACGGGAGCCCCGGUCACUCCCAGUCCCCCCCGGCAGGAGGUGGCAGCAGUAGCAUGGGCUCCAGGAGAGGCAGCAUCAGCAGCCUGAGCAGUGUGACCUCCAUGCUGGAGGAGAAGGACGACGAGAAGAUCCGCUGCUGCCACCACUGUAUGGACACACUGGUGAAGAUACAGCAGAAACUGGAGGAGAAGGACCACAUGCCUGAUAUAGUGAAACUUUAUGAGAGGCUGAGGAUGUGCAUGGACAAAGUGGAUGAAAGGGCUCCAGAAUACAUCCGGAUGGCUGAGUCGCUCAAUGCCGGGGAAACUACAUACAACCUUGACACUGCCGCUGGACUCCGACUGGAAGUACAGAAAUACUAUGAACUCAUCGAUGCGUUAAGUAAGAGGAUUUUAACACUAGGAGUUAAAGAUGAUCCACAGCCACGUCCUAAGGCGCUGCAGCUGCAGAAGAUGAUCCGAUACACAGCCACACUUUUUGUUCAGGAGAAGCUGUUAGGCCUCAUGUCUUUACCCACUAGGGAGAAAUAUGAAGAGCUGAAAGAAAAGAAGAAACAAGAACAAGAGAAGAGAGUCCAACAAGAGAGACUGGCAUCCCAGGAGACCUUGAAGCGGAGGCAGGAGUCUGAGAGAAACCGUCCACCCGUCAGUACCAACGGGGAGCUGCCGCAAGCCCCGAGAGCGCCGCGCAUGACCAAAGCUGCCGGCUGGUUGCCCUCCGCAGACUCUGGUCAACGCAGUGAGUUCGAAGACCCCCUCCUACAGCAGAUUGAGAACAUUCAGUCGUUCCUCCGUCAAGCACGAGAGGCCCAGAGAGCAGACGAGGUUGCCAUGUUAGAGGAGAACCUGCGUCAGCUGCAGGACGAAUACGACCAGCAGCAGACCAGUCUGGCCAUCGCUCUCUCCCAGAAGCUGGCUAAGGAGGAGAGCUUGCAGCAGGGGGAGUUCCAUCGCCUUGAGGCCCGGGAACGGGAGGAAAGGGAGGAACGGGAACACUGGGGCCCUGCUGUGAGCUCAGCUCAGUUGGCCUUCACCAUGGAGAGGUCUCUAGAUAUCAGCCCAGUGGUCGUCUUACAGGGAGAGCAUGACACUGCAGCAGAGGAGCUGACUCCUAAAGCUGAGAGGAGCCCGGCGUCUCUAAGAGCGUUUCCUGCUCUCACAAGCCAGGAGGAGUCGCCUCCUCGUCUGAGGAGCUUAGGGGGACACAUAACCCCCCCUGGUGGUGAAGGGCAGAAUAGCACCUCUCUUAACCCUUUUGAGGAGGAGGACACUACUCCCACUGAGGAGGAUCCCAACAAUCCUUUCUCAGAAGACAUCAAGAAAGAACACAAAGAUGUACCCAACGGGAAGAAAGAAUACAACCCUUUUGAUGAAGAUGUCGAGGAGGACACUCGGGCCGACUCCGUGGCCAGGAACCCGUUUGAGGAGGAUGACAACACCGACACUCGUAACCCUUUCAUAGAGGCCUCUGGCAAUUCCCCAGGAGUAUCAACCAAUCCCUUUGACGGGGUAGAUGAAGGCGAGGCUUUGCCCGAUUUGGACAUGAUAGAGGAGGAACUGCUGCUGCAGCAGAUCGACAACAUUAGGGCCUACAUAUUUGAUGCCAAGCUCAGCAGCCGCCUUGACGAGGUGGAGCUCCUGUCAGAGAAUCUGAGAGAGCUACAGCACACCCUACAGGAGCAGAAGAAAAAGAAGCACUGACAACUUUUCUUAAAAAUCCCCCUGAUCACCUGCUACUUACCAAGUCCUGCAAGGCUAGUUCACUUUACAUGACUAAUGAGCCCGCUGAGUUUAGUACGGGUGAAGUCUUCAAGAAAGAUUAGGUCUGUCCCAAAAUUACGUGUACUAGAGACAAGUAGUCCGGAACGAUUCAUUUUCAAACACCUUUCUAAACCACUUAUCCUGCACAGAGGGCUGGAGCCAAUCCCAGCAUGCACAGUUUCUAAGCACCAUAAGUAAAACAUGUAUAUUUGUACAGGCAGCGUUGCCGAUCUCCAGCUGCAUCAGUGCAAACAUGAACAAUAGAAGAUGGAAGAAUGCCACUGUAAAGAUUGUUGUAAUGGGACCAAUGGCUGGUCCUUUGAGUUGUGUCUGACUGUGGUCUUGUGGAAGUCAGCAUGUGUGAUAUGGCUUCCUCUGCCAGAAGCUAUGAAUGAAGGCAUAACAAGUUACCAUGGCGACGGUCGAACAAACUCGCAAUGGGAUCAAAUGAUGCACAAAAUCCAUUAUUCAUUAUUUCAAGAGUUUUCCUUCCAAGGAAAUUGAGUGGCAGUAUAAAAAAAGUGUCAAAAUUUAUGAACCAUAACCUGAGAUUUUAUUUUAAUUCCACGUAUUCCUCCUCCCGGUCAGAACCUAUUGCUUUCACUACCCACAGUUUUACUCAGCUCUCCACAGGUCAGUUGGAUAUUUGGAUGUUUUAUACUCGAUGUGGCUGAUGAGGCUUUGAACGAAGAUUUUUUUUUUUGUCUUCAGCCCAUUGAUCAACAUUCUUCAUCGGCUGAAAUCUACAUCAGAUAUUUCUCUGUAGCCACUUUAGGUUUUAAACAACUGUUCGUCACAUAUACAGAAAUAAUCCCCCUUAUGAAAAAUCAACUUACUGUUCGUUUAAUUCAUGCCAAAGAACUGAACCACGACUGUUGUAACUGGAACAUGAACUAUUCCUAUACCAUCUCUUUCUUUAAUGAGACACACAAUGAAUAAGACUUUUGAGACUGUUUGGGGGCAAUUUGGUUUUUGAAGGAACCUGAUCAUUAAAUAUAUUAAGAUAUUUAUAGAUUUUUAAUUACAGGCUCAAAUUAAUAAUGCCGUCUCACCCCUU